AUGAGCCGUGAGGAGGGCGAGAUGAGCAGUAGCUUGCUUCGCCCACACCCCAGGGCGCCCCUGGAAGUUGAUGACUUGCUCUCCGAGAUUCUCCUUCGCCUGCCUCCGGACCCGUCAUCCCUUCCCCGUGCCUCCGCCGUGUGUAGGCGCUGGCGCCUCCUCGUCUCCGACCCGGGCUUCUCCCGCCGCUUCCGUCGUCACCAUCACCGCAACCCUCCGAUCAUCGGUUUCUACGACAGUAAUCUUCGAGACCUCUCAUUCGUACCUACUCUGAAGGCCCCCAACCGUGUCUCGCCCGGGCGAUUGUCCUUGCGGCGCCAUCGCGACGACCAAUACUUCACCCCCCUGGGAUGCCGCCAUGGCCUCGUGCUGAUUUGUAUCGGGAACUCCGAACCACUGAAGCGCCAUGUUCUAGUGUGGAACCCUGUUACUGGUGAGCAGCAUCGCCAAGGCACUCCCCCGGGGUUCGACACAGGAAAACCCUUCAAUGGGGCGGUGCUUCGGGCUGCAGCAGAUGUUGACCACUUCCAGGUGGUCUUGGUAGGCAACGGCGACCAAAAACGAGCGGUCGCUAGUGUUUAG